AUGAGGACCAGGUUUAUAGACCUCACCAAUGUCAGCUCCUCCAGCUCAGAAAAGAAGAGGAAAUGCUUGAAAAACCCUUCUAUUGUGGACCUCACUGGGCUGAGCUCCUGUGGCUCAGAGUGGAAGAAAAGCCAGUACCUCUCAUUUGGAAAGAUCUCGGUUUCCCCCUCCAGCUCUGGCCAGAGCUCCACCUCGUCCCUGCUCCAGGACUUGCUGUCAGACUGUCCCUCUGGGGCAUCAAGUGGAAUUGAUUACAAAGUGUUUGAGGCGAAAUACCGUGAAGAGCACUUACUAGGAUAUGGUGGCUUUGGCAGCGUGUGGGCUGGCUACAGAAAGGGGGACUUACUGCCGACUCUGGGAGGGAGGCAGCAGGAGGUCCCUCUGGAGGUGGCCAUCCUGAAUAUAGUGGGGAGUGGAAACCCAGCACCCAAGGGUAUCGUGUGCCUCCUUGACUGGUGUAAUCUGCCAACGGAGGUGCUGUUGGUUCUAGAGCGGCCUCAGCCCUGUGAGGACCUAUUUGAUUACAUUUCAAAAGGAAGGGUUCACCUGGAAGAGGAAGAAGCAAAGGUGAUCAUGAGGCAGCUUUUGGAGGCUGUGCAGUUGAUCCACAAUAGGGGUGUGGUGCACAGAGACCUGAAGCCAGAGAAUGUGCUGAUAGAGUCAGGCUCCGGCUAUCUGCAUGCACAUCUGAUAGAUUUUGGCUGUGCCAACCUUAUGGAACAGAGCCCCUUCACACACUUCCGUGGUACCGCGCUCUACACAGCUCCAGAGUGGUUCACUGAGAACAAGCUGGAUGGAGUCUCCUCCACGGUGUGGCAGCUGGGAAUGAUUCUGUACGAAAUGCUGCAUCUGGAAAGGCCUUUCAGCAACAUAAAGCAGAUUAUUGAGAACCCGCUGAUGCUGCGGCACGGUCUCUCUGCAGAGUGCCAGGACCUUCUACGGUGGUGCCUUGAAAAACGACCUCAGGGCAGACCUACCGUGGAGGAGAUUGGGCAACACCCCUGGCUGCAUUGA